AUGCCAUUUCUCAAGCGUGUCUUCCAGCCCAAGACACCUGCAGACAGAGAGUUCCAGGCGACUCUCUACACCCGCCUGGAAACAGGCUACAACAUCGCCGUGAACUGCAAUGGCGCCACUGGUUUGGUAGUGGUGGUGCAAGUGGACAAAGGUCCAGGAACCAAGUGGAACACGAUCUAUCCAGACCGGCAGAUCGAGCCAAAUCUUCGAAUCCUCCAAGUGAACGGCCUCAGCGAUUGCUUCGAGAUGGUCGAUGAACUCCGAGCAUCAUCGGAGGCGGUGAUUCGUUUCCGACGGCCUGUGAAGAAGCGGCUGUUAGUGAUUCGUGAGCCGCGCAGCAAACUUGGAGUGACCCUCCUUGACUUUGAUGCAAGCUCCGUUUGGGUGGAUCAAGUCUUGGACUUGGGCGCGGUGCCGGAAUGGAACGAGCAGAAUCCCCUGGAGAAGGUCACCACUGGAACUCGGAUUGUGGAGGUCAAUGGCGUCUCGGGCAACGUACAUCGCAUGUACGAACAGUUGCGGAAAGAGGGCGUCCUUGAACUUGUAGUGGAAUCCCAUGGUCCAGAGACUGCCAACCGUAAGGCACUGGGAAGUUUGGGCACUGGAAGAUUGAAAUGUGGAAUCCCUGACCUGACUCUUGCCAAGCAGGGCUGGGGCUGCGUGGAUUCUGAGGCCUUCACAGGCACUUCCAUCGCAACUCCCGAGACACAUGGACGAAGUCGCAAGAGCUUCUCACCAAGUCCAGAUGCAUUUGGCGACUCUGAACUGGAGUUGUCCUUGGAGCUGGUCAACCACGUGCCGCCACACAUUGCGGACCGCUUGAUGGAUAGGUUAAGAUCAGCGGAGGCGGCGCGACAAUUUGUAGAGAAUCAAUGUGAAGCUGGCUCAACCUUGUCCAGCAACUUCAGUGUUCCGGGCCUUCCUUGGCUGCUGAUCUCUAUGGUCUUCUUGGCGCAGGCGACGGCUUUUCUUCAUGGCGCUGCGCCGAUGAUGACACCGGCGCAGCAAACGUUGGUGAACCACCUCGAGGCGGCGUCUCCGGCGGAGGUGGAGGUGACUGGAGAUUUGAACUUCACCUGUGAGGCUUUCCUUUGGGAAGCCGAGCGGGAAGCCAUGGAGUUGCAGAGGCGUCACCAGCAACUCCAAGCCGCCUUCAGCGGAGCUUUGGAGGCGGCCAGCAAUUGGGUUGGCUUCUUGCAGAAAGCAACGCAGAGGCGCUAUGGAAUGCCUGAGGUGUUGCGGUAA